AUGGCCCAAAUAUGGUGCCGAGUGAAGCUAAUAUAUCCUACAUGCGAUCGACCCCUAGAACUCAUCUUUGGUACAACAGAAUAUAAGACAGCAAUUGAUAUUUGGUCUAUCGGUUGUGUCUUAACUAAGCUGCUUUUGGGGCAGCCACUGUUUGCUGGAGAAAAUGCAGUUGGUCAGCUUGUAGAGAUUAUCAGGGUUCUUGGUACACCAACUCGAGAAGAAAUUCGAUAUAUAAAUCCAAGCUAUAAUGAUUUCAGGUUUCCCCAAAUUAAAGCACAUCCAUGGCACGAGGUUUUCCAUAAGCAGACGGAAAACCCAAUGCUGCCUCCCAAGUGGUCGCCCUUUUGCCCUUUCUUCCUUCUUUUAACUUUAAACAGGAGUUGUCUGGAGCAUCACUUCAGUUGAUCUACUGGCUAAUUCCCGAGCAUGUUUAGAGACAAGCUAGUAUGAGUAUUCCACAUUUUGCUGGGACGUGAUUAUGUUUAUUGUACUCGUAGUGGUGUUAAUGGGUAUGCAGCAAACAAAAGGCUCUCUGUAUUAUGAUCAAGUGUUUUUGCCAUAGUUUGUGGUUUUUGACGCCCCAAAAAUAUGUUAGCAUGUAAAAUGGUUGUUAGGGUAAACUGGAAAGUUCGAAUGUAUAGACGUUCGCUGAGUAAAACGAGUUUUCAUCACUUCUGUAUA